AUGGUGAAGCUACUGAUGGAUGAGAGAGAUGCGGAAAGGGCAGCCCGAGAGGCUUUGGAGAAGAAGAAUCAGGAAAUACAACCCGUGAUGAACAUGAAGGGCUACACGGAGGAUGCCAAUCGCCAUCUCUCCAAAUUUGUGGAGAUCUCAAACACUCUCAAAUUGAACGGUGUCGAUGACGAUGCCAUAAGUGUAAGACUCUUUCCCUUUUCAUUAACUGAUUCUGCUAAAGAGUGGUUUGAAUGUAUGCCCAGAGAAAAGGUCUCCACAUGGAAGGACAUUGUAGCUGCCUUCCUCGACAAGUACUAUCCGCCGGGCACAAUUUUGAAGCUCAAAAGCGAGAUCUUCCAAUUCAUACAAGGCCAUGACGAACCCCUCUAUGAGGCAUUUGCUCGUUUCAAAGCCCUUCUCCGAAAGUGCCCUAACCAUGGUUUCACCGUGGACCAUCAGGUAGGAAUUCUCUAUAAUGGGUUUAACGAGAAAAUUUGUGCUAUGCUUGAUUCAGGUGCAAAUGGAGGGUUCUUAAGGAAGUCAGGUGAGGAAGCCAUGGCGGUGAUAGAGGAAUUCGCCACCAAUAGCAGGGGGUGGUCGAAAGAAAGGCAUAACCUAAAAAGGAUAGCUGCAGUUGAAGAAGCCGAGGAAAGCUCUUUUGCAAAGGAAUUGGCCGAGCUUCGAGUUAGGGUGGACCAAAUGGAUUCAUCAAGGAAGGAGGACCCGAUUCCACCAACCUCCAUUAUAGCAGUCUCUAAACCCGAAACUCCUACCCCGACAGUGAAGGAAAUCAACUACAUGCAAGGAGGCGGUCCCAAUAGAAAUUACAACAAUAAUUAUCGCCCUAACCAGGGGGGCGGUAAUUUCAAUAAUUAUAAUGGAAACCGACCUUAUCCUAAUCUCUCUUAUUCUAACAAUAAUUACAUGGAACCCCCCGCAAGAUUUAAUGUUAGCAAGGGAGGAAUAGUUGAGACAUUCAAGAAGGAGGAAAAUUAUGAACAAGGGAUCACAAGGAUCUUGGAGGUAAUCGCGCAAGACAGGAAGGUUAAUGACACCAAGAUCGGAGUGGUUGAAGCUAGAAUAAACAACCUCGAGUAG